GACAGCUCACCAAGCUGAGCAAACAGAGUGAAGUAACCUGGCUUUAUCAGCUUGUUGCCUUAGUUUUCACAGUUUCUAGCUGCCAGUUCAAACAAGUGCUGCAGACCCGAGCUGAAGAAUCAAGGUGCAGCAUAGAAAAUCAUUCUGCAACAAACUUUGCUUUUUCAACGCCAAUACUCUGGAACAAUGAAAACUAAUCUUCUCAUAGUGGCUCUUUGCUUCUUCGGCACAGUAAAUCUAUGUGGAGCAACCACCAUACCAUCUGUGCCCAUAACAACGCAAGUCAUCACAGAGGUUAGUUCAGAUGGCACCACUAAACUUCAAACUGGUGGACCAACCAUAGUGCAAACUGGUGGACCAACCACAGCGCACACUGGGGGACCAACCACAGUUCAAACUGGUGCACCAACCACAGCGCACACUGGGGGACCAACCACAGUUCAAACUGGUGCACCAACCACAGCGCACACCGGGGGACCAACCACAGUUCAAACUGGUGGACCAGAUACAGCACAGACUAAGGAACCAGAUACCAGCGGACCAACAACGGAGGCACCCGAAGCUUCAUCAGGAGGGCUUUCAGGAGGAGCAAUAGCAGGCAUUACCAUCGGUACAAUCGCCGGAGUGGGUUUACUGGGUGGCGGGGUCUUUGGCCUGUUGAAGUACACCAAGAAAAUCUGAGAACUCUCACUCAAUAAGGACUUGAAUUGUCAAACAUCGUAAGCUGCAACUUUUCUCAUGAGGUCUGAUGUUAUCCUGAUUCAACUAUGUGGACGGUGAGGCGGCGGAAUGGCCUAAAAGGUCUGGAUUUGAAUAAAACCAUUAUCAUCGAUGAAGGCAUCACAGCCCAGGAGACAUGCAAAAAUCAAUCAUAAUUUGUUGAUUGUAUUACCUUGUCAGAAGGUAAUUUGAAUGAUUUAUUGAAAACCAAUUGUACUUUAUUAUUUAAUGGAUUCUGUUUGUCUUUAAUGAGAGGGAUAAAUGCUGUCCUGAAGCUUUUGACAUUUAUGAAAAUAUGUAACUAAAAUGUAAUCACAAUGAUGAAUAAUUCUUGAUAUUUAGUGUGAAGGACAGACAUGUUGACUUCUUUAAUGCCUUACUAGAGGAAGUGGUCCAGGGAAUGAAAGCCAGCUUAUGCGGAACCCUCCCACCCUCUAUCCUUAAAAGAGUUUUACUUUCUUUUUGCAUUGAUAACUAAAAAUGUUACAAACAUUUACAACCAUCCAGGCAGGGCGUCACAUUGUUGAUGUUUAACAUUUCAGAACAUAAAGUUGGUUUAAUUUUCCUAUAUUAAAUAAAUCAGACAAUCA